CUCCUAUUUCCGGUCAGUUAGUGCGCGAUGGAAAAAAUGCAACAUUAUGAUUUAGGAUUCUUUAGAAAUUGGAAAACAUACGGACAAUACAGACCACCAGAGUACGAUUUAAGAAAAGUAACGUCGCCCAGUGUUUUAUUUCAUAGUUACAAUGAUAGAAUUGUUGAUAAACGAACAAUAGAUAAACUGGCUGUUUUAUUACCAAAUGUACAUCAAACUUUCAAUAUAAAGGAUCGCCAUUUUGGUCAUGUUGAUUAUGCAUUCAAUAAGAAAGCAAAACACCUGGUGUUCGAUAAUAUUAUUGAAAACGCUAAGCAAUUUCGAAGCUAGCAGUAUAUUUGAAAAUUAUUUUUCGUGAUUGGAAUAUUCCUACUAAAUUAUAAUUUGUACCUGCCAAAUUUAACUUUUCUACAAUUACUAACUUAGAAAAACGUGUUGUUAUAACGGAUUUUUUUUUAUAUAAUGUAUUUAUUUGUUAAGAAAACUAAAAACCUCAGACUUAAAUAUUUUUAAGACUAUAACAUAUUUUUUUAUUACGACUGGUAUUCACAAAUUUCAUAUUAAUGGGAUACUUUAGAAAUUUUGCUUUUGAGGAAAAAUAUUUUCUUUUUAACAUUUUAAAUUUGUUGUAGACCUUUUUUAGAGUUAUAAUAGGAAAAAAUGAGGAAUU